AUGAAACAGCCAUCCCUCGUCCUUGGCUCCAUGGUCCUCCUACUUCUGGCUGGCUGUGGCUGUGCCCUCAGCCUCUCCAAUAGGAACCUGCGCACCUUCCUGGGCUGUGCUGUGAGGGAGUUUACCUUCCUGGUCAAGAAGCCAGGCUGCAGGGGCCUUCGCAUCACCACGGAUGCCUGCUGGGGCCGCUGUGAGACCUGGGAGAAGCCCAUCCUGGAACCUCCAUACAUUGAAGCCUACCACCGAGUCUGCACCUACAAUGAGACCAAACAGGUGACUGUCAAGCUGCCCAACUGUGUCCCCGGAGUGGAUCCCUUCUACACCUACCCGGUGGCUAUUCGCUGCGACUGCGGAACCUGCUCCACAGCCACCACGGAGUGUGAGACCUUCUAA